AUGUUCAUCUCAACAGUUAAAUUUGCCAUUCUCCUGUUUGUUACGGCGACUCUUGCUCGGGUACUGGAGCUGGAUACAUCCAACUUUGAUGAUGUGGUUUUGAACUCAGAUAAACAUACGCUAGUGAAGUUUUAUGCCUCAUGGUGCAGCCAUUGUUCCAAGCUCGAACCUGUUUGGGAGGAGUUAGCAACUGCUUACGAGAAAGAGCCAAAUGUACAAAUCGCUCGCAUUGAUGCCGACAAACACCAAAAGGUGGGAAAGCGGUAUGGUAUUAAUGGAUAUCCGACUAUAAAACUGUUCAAGAAGGAUGACGUUCAGCAUCCCAUUGAGUUUGAGGGCGCGAGGUCUGUCGAGGCCUUCAACAACUUCAUUUCCGCCCACACUGGAGUAAAACCGCCUAGCUCUGCAUCUAAUCUAGUGGUGAAACUGAACGAUUUGAACAUCGAGGAUGUUGUUGGGGGCAAAGAUGCCUUUAUUGCUGUCACGGCAGAGUGGUGUGGCCAUUGCAAGAAUCUCAAGCCAAUUUGGCAAAAGCUUGCAGAAAUCUACCAAGGCGACUCUGAUACCGUUGUUAUUGGACAAGUCCAGGUCACAGAUCCUGAACCAUCAGAUUGGAUCAAGGAAAAAUUCCAGAUUCGCUCGUUCCCGACCUUGCUCUACGUCAAAAAUGGAGACUUGCAAAAUCCCGAAAUUUAUGAAGCUCCAAGAACUCUUUCUGCAUUCACUGAGUUCGUCAACGAACGAGCUGGUACCACACGAGCUGAGGACGGUGGUCUUCACCCGGACGCUGGCCUGCUUCACUCCUUGGACGACCUCGUGUCCACAUUUGUUGGCUCAACAAAACAUGAGCGCGUGAAGCUAGCCAAUAAAUUGACGGAAGCACUUAACGAUCUUAAAAAAGAAAACAAAUAUGCCAAAGAAAUCAGAUAUUACAGCAAGCUAGUCAACAGUCUAGUCAACGGUCCUUAUGAUUUCAUUCCUCGCGAGAUUGCGAGACUAGAGAAAAUGCUGGGCGAAGAUUUAGCUCCUGAGGCCAGAGACUCAGCACUUUUCAGACUAAACAUAUUGAGAUACUUCAACAGCUGUAUUACAGCAAAUACAUAUAAAUAA